AAUCCUGAAUUAGAAGAGAGAAUUCAGAAAUUGAAAGCAGAACAAGCCAAUGAAGAAUACAAAUCAAUGGUAAAAGGUCUUUUUCCCCAACAGCAGAACAAAAUUCCUUUAUCUGAAGAGGUGAAAUCUGUGACUUCUCAGGUUACUGCUGUUAUAAAUUUUGUUCUAUCUGUUGGAGGCAGUUUCAUAUUUGCUUUUAAGGCAGUUGAAUAUGCAUUACCAGAACAAAAUAUUCCUGCUCAAGUCAUGAUGGGAAUAGUUACAUCAACGGUUGUUGCUCUAGCUGAUUUGUACUUUCUUGCACGAACAAUAUAGAGAACAUACUUUCCAUGGUUGUUUGAUUAAAGAUGUAACAGUUUUUCACAUUUGUAUAUAUAAAUAGAAAAAUUUGUGUCUAUCA